CUCUGUCUAAGAGCGAAGCUACUCAUAAAACGAUAUAAACCAAUAUCUAAAGUAAUUCCUUUUUUGAUGUUUUCUCGAUUUACAGGCGUGAUUUCAUUUGCGUGUUUUUUUUUAAUUGCCUUUUUAAGUAAACGUUGGACUCCAGCAUCAAUGUUGCUAUCCACUACGCGAGGACAUGAAGGAAUGUAGGAACAUAUUCCAAACAAAAGUGCUCCGUGAAGGUCACGACCCUCAGCACUGAGGAACUCACGAUGCAAGGAGUAAGCAGAAAAACAUACGGCCCACUUGAUGAUAUAAGAAUAAUAGCGCAAAUAUGACGACAGCCUCAAAAAAUCUCGAAAUAAUUAAUGAAAAGAAAAUGUUCGACGAUCUCCUCCCUGAAGUAAUUAUGACACUACAAAACAAAUCCAAGUUAUCUGAAGUGCCCCAAAUAGGGGAUUGGUUGAAAAAGAUGCUUCAUUACAAUUUGGUUGGCGGUAAACAUACAAGAGGAAUAACUACUGUGAUUUCAUACAAAACAAUUGAAAAACCGGAAAAAGUCACCGAACAUACUUUGAAAAUGGCUUGUAAACUGGGAUGGUGUGUCGAAAUGUUUCAGGCAUAUUGCAUUGUGCUGGAUGACAUUAUGGAUGGUUCAAGCGUCCGACGCGGCAUGCCCUGUUGGUAUCGGCGUCCGGAAGUGGGCAUCACAUGCGCCUUUAACGACUCUCUUUUGAUACACAGUUCUUUAUUUGAAUUUCUAAAAACUAAUUUCAGGACCAAUCCUAAUUAUAUGAAAAUGUUUGAGCUCUUUAAUGAAACUUUAUGGCGCACUUCAAUGGGUCAACAUUUAGAUCAUGUAACAGGAAAUCGAAAAACAGACUAUUCUUCAUUUACUCUGGAUCGUUACUACACUAUUAUAAAAUACAAGGCCGCAUAUUACACCUACAAUUUACCCGUUUCCCUUGGUUUACUACUAGCUGAAAAUGUGGAUGAAAAAAUUUAUAAAUCUGCUCAAGACAUUUGCUUGGAAAUAGGAACGAUGUUCCAAAUUCAGGACGAUUUCAUAGACUGCUUCGGUGAUGAAAUAAAAACUGGUAAAGUUGGUACAGAUAUACAAGAGCGCAAAUGUACUUGGUUGGCAGUUCAAGCGCUGCAGCGCUGUACUGAAGCACAACGUACAGUAUUCAAAGCCUGUUAUGGUAGCAGUGAACCAGCACAUGUGGAACGCAUAAAACGACUUUACGAAGACCUUCACCUCCCGCAGAUAUACAAGCAUCAAGAAAAAGCGAUGUACGACAAUAUUAUAAGACAAAUUGAAAAUAUACCAAUAGAGGCCGCCCGCGUUCUCUUUAAAAAGUUGUUGGAUAUUACGUACAAUAGGCAACAUUAAGCAAUAAUAUAAUAUAUUCUACACAAUGCCUUUAUUUACCACUGUUUGUCUGAGCAUGUUAAACAAUAAAUAACUAAAUAAAAUAA